AUGGAUAUUAAUGAAAUUGGUAAAGAUAAAAAUUUAAAUAAAAAUGUUCCACAACAAAAUACAUUAGAAAAAAGUAAUAAUGAAAAAAAUAAGAUAACACGAUUUAAUGAUGUACAAAAAAAUGAGGCUAAUAAUACACAACAAUCAACACCAAAAAAUAAUUCAAAAAAAGAUUUAUAUUAUAAUAGAAAAUUAACUCAAAAAGAAGUUACUCCAAAAAGAAGUAAACCUAAAAAGGAUGAGGGAAAGACGAUUGCUUUAAGUGAUGAGGAAUGGGAGAAUGCAGGAAAUCCAUUAGGUUUUGAAAAAUUAGGAACAGUUAGGGGAAAGAAAAAAAUUAAUGUUUUUACAAAUUUAAAGGAAAAAGAAUUGGAGGAACAGAUAGCUUUACUUGGAGCUAUGGAUUUAAAUGAAGUCUCGGCUUGUGAUGAUUCUUAUGAUGCCACAAAAAAGUCAUCCUUUCCUAUUAAUAAACAUCCAUUUUCUAAAAAUAAUCAAUUAUUUAAAGUUGAUGAUUUUAAAACAGAUACCUUAGCAUCAUUUAUUGGAUUGAUGGCAAAAACUUUUGUUGAAGAUUAUUCAAAAAAUAAGACAGAAAAGAUAUCACUUGUAAUUUAUUUAAGUAACAAUUAA